AUGGCGCUCCUUGCUGGUCUUUCGUGGACACUUUUCAGUCAACCUCUUGCUUUGCCCUCAGGGGUAGUAAACGGACGGGUCAGAAAAUGGAAUUUUCAGACUUUUCGUGCCAAACUCCAAGUUUGUCCUAAUCCCUGGCUAUCAAGCACCAGAAGUGGAAAAUGCCUACGAUGUUUCUCGAAAUCUGAUGUUUACAGCUUCGAUGUCUUGCUGUUGGAAUUACUGACUGGUAAGGCCCCGUUGGAAGCAAUUGGCAAGAACACAGGGGUUGAUUUACCUAGUUGGGUUCGAGAUAUGUUUCAAGAAAAGCCUAUUAUUGGUGUUUUUGACAGUAUGAUGCUGCAUAAUUACCAGAAUUCUAGCUCAACUUUUGUUUGCAGAUUGCGGCUGGAGAAUUAG